AUUUGAUAUUUGAGGUUAUAUAUUAUAAAUUUAAAUUUUAUUAAUUUUAAAUUAAAAAGGAAAGGAAGCUUUUUAAAUGUAUUUUAAUAUAUUUUAAUAAGUUUAGGGCAUUUUCUUUGGCUGUAUAAAUAUUAAAUAGAAUGUACGCCGUCAAUAUCGGAUCAUUUUUAAUAUUUUUAUUAUUGCUAUCAUCUUUCGAUCCAAUAAAUACUCAAGAAACCGAUUAUUAUCAAUUGCUUGGAGUUAAUAGAGAUGCUACAGUAAAAGAAAUUAGAAAAGCAUUCAAAAAUAUAGCAGUAAAAUUACAUCCUGAUAAAAAUAAAGAUGACAAAAAUGCUGAUGAUAAUUUUAUAAAAUUAACUAGAGCUUAUGAAGUGCUUAAAGAUCCUGAAAGCAGAAAAGUGUAUGACAUUCAUGGAGAACAAAUGGAUUCGCAGAAUUUUAGAAAACAAUACCAUAGUUAUAGUUAUUACAGAGAUCAGUUUGGAAUUUACGAUGAUGACCCCAUUAUUGUUACUCUUAGUAAAAAUGAUUAUGAAGUAAAUAUUCUGGACACCAACCAAGCGUGGUUCGUUAAUUUCUACUCGCCAAAUUGUCAUCACUGCCAUGAAUUGGCUCCGAUUUGGCGAAAACUAGCUCGCGAACUGGAAGGAGUAAUUCGCAUUGGUGCUGUCAAUUGCGAAGACGAUUUUCAUCUGUGUCAUCAGUUGAGAAUAGAAGCAUAUCCUACUCUAUUGUAUUACGAAAAAGAGUUCCAUCUUUACGAAGGAAUAAAAUACACAGGCGAUAGAACCGUGGAAGCAUUGGAAGAUUUCGUACUUUCAAAAGUCGAUGGUAAUAUUUUGAUUGUAUCAUCAGCAAAUUGGGAAAAUCUUCAAUCCGAAAAUGACAGAUGGUUACUAUUUUUAUGUAACGAUGAUAAUCCUAAUUGCCCUUCAGAGAAAAACAUGUUAAAACUUAGCGCGUCUCUGGUAGGAUUGGUGUCCGUUGGAAAAGUGAUAGAAGAAUCUCUUUGCGAAAAGUUGGUGGAAAACUAUCAAGAAAAUUCGGUUAUAUUGCUGUUAAGGACUGAGUCGGUGUCAACUAGUCCUCUUUUGCUGCAUGUAAUACAUGGAUCUGAUACGAAAGAUAUUUUAGAAAAUGUUUUAGUUAAUUUGCCAAAUCCAGAAAUAGUUAACGAAGAAAAAUUCAAGGAAAUUAGAUCAGAAUUGAGAACAGAGUCAGGAAAACCGUGGUUACUUUGUUUUUACUUAGGCGCUGCUACGGAAUUAAAUUUGCUGUUGAAGCGAUUACCGCCAUUAAUUCCUGACAUCAAUAUCGGUUUGGUUCAUUGCGGAAAAAGCUCUGCAUUGUGUUCGAGCUUGCACGUCGUUAGGUACCCGACUUGGGGCGCGUUAAAAGUUGGCGGAGCCUUCGAAAUAUAUCACGGAAGAGACGUUCUAUAUGAAGUAGCGAAUUUCGCAAAAGAGAGCGCCAAAUCGACAAAUUUGCAUGCGUUAUCACCGGCUGAUUUUCACAAUAUUCUUAGUGAAGGUACUUUAUGGUUCAUCGAUUGGUACGCCCCCUGGUGUCCGCCUUGCCGAAAACUGUUGCCGGAAUUGAGGAAAGCCAGUCAAAAUUUCGAUCCGGAGAAAAUUCAAUUCGGUACCGUCGAUUGUACGUCGCACAGGGAACUUUGCCGGAGGCAGGGAAUCAAUUCGUAUCCGACGACAAUUUUAUACAAUAAUUCUCAAACUAACGUUUUUCAUGGAGUACCCGACGCCAAUAGUAUCACCGAUUUCUUGUACGAUAUGAUGAAUCCAAUAGUUAUUAUUUUGGACGACACCAAUUUCAUUCAGCUAAUGAGAAAACCCAAGGAAGAACUUUGGAUAGUAGACUUUUUCGCUCCUUGGUGCGGUCCCUGUCAAAAAUUAGGACCGCAAUGGAGGCAACUAGCUAAGCAGGUAUCCAGUUUGAGCGAGGUGAAAGUAGCCCAAGUAGACUGUGUGGUAAAUUCUGAUCUGUGCGAAUCGCAAAACAUUAGGAAUUACCCUACCAUUAGGUUAUAUCCUUUAGGUAGCAGAGGAUUAAACAGUAUAGCAAUUUAUAAUGGAAAGAGGGACACACUGUCAUUAAAACGCUGGGUGAUCAGUUUUUUGCCAUCGCCAGUCGAACAUUUUUCGGCCAAAGAAUUGGAAAAACAAGUUCUAACCAGAAAAUACAUAUUACCUUGGAUAGUUGAUUUCUACGCACCCUGGUGCGGACAUUGCAUUCACUUCGAACCGGAUUUUCGAACCUUAGCUCUACGAUUGGAAGGAAAAGUUCGAAGCGCAAAAGUCGAUUGCGAAGAGGACCGAGUUUCUUGCGGCCGUUUAGGAAUAAGAGAAUAUCCAACACUGAGACUUUACCUAGCGCCCGAUUCUUUUUUUCCUAUAGAAGUCGAAGACCCCGCUCAAAUGUUGAAAAGAGUGAAACAAAUUAUAAAAGAAGCUGAGCACACAGAACAUGACGAACUUUAGAAAUCUCUGAAAAUAUUUUCCUGCUGGUAUUUCUUAAUUUCUAGAAGGAUUUUAAUGUGGACAUCGCUAAAUACAACUCUCGUUUCUUAAGUUGCUUUAACAUCCAUUUGUUAAUUUAAAUAUUAUCAUUAGGACUGAGCAAUGAUCAAAAUAAAUAAUCGAUGAUCGAUUAUUUAAUUGAAAAUAAUCUAAUAUAUUAAUCGAAAAUACUCGAUUAAUCGAUUAAUUAAAAAUAAACGAAUAAUCGAAAAUAUAAUAAUCGACUUAUCGAUUAUUUUGACCACCCCUAAUUAUCAUGACAAAACUUACAUUUGAUAGGAUAAAUAGAUGCAUUAUUUUGACAAAAUUUACAUGGCAACUCUUGUUCAGCUUCCGACUAAGAAUGUACAAAAAAAAAAUCAAUUGGUAAUUAUUUUUUUUAAAUCGAUAAUCGAAAAUAAUCGACUAAUUGAAUAAUAUAAAACAUUUAAAAAAUAAAAAUAAUCAAAAUAUUUGAUUAAUCAGAAGUAAUCGAUUAAUAAUAAAUUAACGAAUAUUUGUACUUAAAUGAUUAGUUGAAAAUAAUCGAAUAAUAAAAAAUACUAGAAAAUAAUCGAUUAUUCAAAAAUACUUGAUUAAUCGAAAAUAGUCGAUUAAUCGGGGGGUGGGUGGCUCAGUGGUAAAGUCCCUGCCUGCUGAUCCAAGGGUCCCAGGUUCGAAUCCCACCGUUGGCCGUAUUUUUUUAAUUUAAUUUAUUUAAAAUUAAUUCUGAUGCCUUGGUAGGAUUCCCCACUCGACUAUUCACUGUUGGGUUCUAAUUUAACAGUACUGUUCCUGAAGUGGCGCUGGGAAACAAUAAUAAAGCCUAUACAGAACACACAUGAUUGAGAAUUUAAACACAAAACUGAGACAGGCAUAUUAGGUACAUACACCUAUUCCCUAAAUAAAAAAAUAAUGGAUUAAUCGAAAAUAAUCGAUUAAUUAAAAAUAAUCGAAAAUAAUCGAUUAAUUGAAAAUAAUUGAGUAAUCUAAGA